AUGGCGGAUUUUGCGCCCCCACCAGGACCGCCACCGCCGAAGGUACCAGCCGGCUGGAAAGCAGUAUGGAAUGAUCAGUACAAAGCAUAUGCUAAGCGUGGACGAAGGUUCUACGUCCAGAUCCAAGGCGGCAAGUCACAAUGGGACAAACCAACACAGCCCGUACCAGGGUUCGGCGAUGCAGCACCACCAGGCACUCCGCCGGGCUACGAUCACAACACCUCGCAUGCAACGGGACCGGAGAAGAGCAACAAUCCGUACCAUCAAACAGGGGCAAGCGGCGACAUGAGCGAGGACGAACGAUUGGCUCGACAGCUUCAGGAGCAAGAAAAUGCCAGAAGUGGAGGGGCCCGUGGCGCAUCUAACGACUUCUACGGACAACAGGGCGGUGCAUACGGACAGCAAGGAUCUGCGUACGGGCAGCAGGGUGGCGCAUAUGGCCAACAGAGUCAACCACCCUACGGCCAAUCCGCGCAGCUCCCAGCACGUGACGAGAAAAGCAAAGGUCUCUUCGCCAAACUCACUUCGAAGCUCGGCGGCUCGUCAUCAGGACCACGGCCUGGCUAUGGUGGUCAAAGUUACGGCCAAGGCUAUCCACCGCCACAACAGUAUGGCGGCUAUGGUGGCGGCUAUCCACCGCAGCAGCCUUAUGGCUAUCAGCAAGGCUAUCCGCAGCAGCAGUACGGUGGCUACGGUCAGCAGCCGCCGCGCAAGAGUGGUGGCAUGGGCGCAGGCGGCGGUGCGCUUCUGGGAGCUGGUGCGGGUUUGGUCGGUGGUGCCCUUUUGAUGGAUGCUAUGGACGAUCAUGAUCAGCAGUCUUACGAUCAGGGCUAUGAGAAUGGCCAGGAUGAUGGUGGUGAUGGUGGUGGUGGGGAUGACGGAGGUGGAGACUUCUAA